AUGACUUUUGCUUUUCGUCAUAUUUUUCGAUCUUCAAAACCUUUUAAUUUAUUAAAACGGCCAUAUCGACUUUUACCUGGUGCCUGCUUAGGUCUGGGAUUGGGGUUCUAUGCUUUUCAUCACUACAAAAAAAAAAUUGUGUUUCUCGAUUCACCAACUCAAGGCGUACCAGAUCCCAAGUCUGUAUUAGUCUCCAAUGAGCAAGGAAAACUUUUUGUUCAGCCUCAAACGAAAUGUCCCCCUUUUCCAUCAACUAUCUCUUUAUCAGAUUGCCAAUCGUCAAGCACUUGUUAUGAGCUCUUGGGUGUCGGUGUAAGAACUGUGUCAUUUUUAUCGUUUCAUGUUUAUGCAGUAGGAAUUUAUAUUGCAAAAAACGAUAUACAGUUAGCACAUUCAAUUCUGAAUUUUUCAACCAAAGAUUUUUCAUCUGGAAGUCUUAAGGAUGCUCUUUUUGAUCCUGAUCUAGGCACUAAAGUCAUUUCUCACCUUCUUGAUCAUGGUGUACGUUUUGAUAUUAGAAUCGUUCCUGUCAGAAAUACAGAUUUUAGCCAUCUUCGUGAUGGGUUUGUACGAGGAGUUUUAAAUCAUUCUCAUUAUAAAGAAUUAAUCAAUCAUCCAGCUAUUUCAAUGUCAGACCCGGCACACGUUAAACUCAUUGAUGAAAUGGGACAAGGUGUUAAUCAAUUAAAAAUAGCCUUUUCUCGAAAAAUGUCUGUUCCAAAGUAUAACAUUAUUCAUCUAGUUCAUGACUCAAAUGCUUCCUUGAAGAUAUCUUAUUUUGCUGCUCAAGCUGAAGAUCCUGCUAAAGAAACAAUUCUUGGAACAGUUGAAGACCCUAACGUUUCAAAAAUAUUGAUACUUCACUAUUUAACCGGAAAAAAUCCUGCAUCCGAGAGUGCAAGAUCUAACGCCAUUAAUGGUCUUACUUCUUUAUAA